AUGUCGAUCAAUUCUGCCGUUACUACUAUAUGGGAUGUCUUGAAGUACGGAGUAGUUCCCAUCAAGCGUCAAUGCGGAUACGUCGUGUCCUCCAAGAGCUAUGCCAACGAUCUGCAAGAGGAAGUCCAGAAGCUGGCGAACGAGGCUCAGAGGGUCCACAUGCUUGCGGAAGUGACCAGAAACAAUCCUGAGAAUUUCUACAGUGACUUCACGGAGUGGCAGGCAAGUGCCGAGAAGGCCUUGAAGGAGGCACCAGACCUGUUGGGUGACUUCGAAAAGGCGAGCAAGAGUUGCUGCCACGGGAUUCUUCCCGACCCCAAAUGUCGCUAUCAGUUCAGUAGGAAGGUCAAGGAUAAGAUUAAGGACAUUCGGCAACUCGCUCAAAAAGGAAGUGAAUUCAGGGAAUUGAACGAUAUCUGCUUUCGCGAUCCUGCCCUGGGGAGUGUCGCUACACCAACUCCGGCUGGCACAAAAAGCAAAGAUGUCGUCGUGUCAACCACUGCGACGGCCUCCACUUCUUCUGCCUCGACGUCGAUUAAGCUUAGGGACGAUGACGUGUUCGAAUCCAGAGCUUCGAUCAUAAGGGACAUCAUGGAAGCUCUUGCUGAUUACAGCAAUAGCGUGGUCGGGGUUCACGGGAUGGGUGGGGUCGGCAAGUCCACCCUUUUGGAGGAAGUCAAAAGGAGAAUAAGCGAAGAGAAGUUGUUCGAUUGUGUCACUAUGGUCGACGUGUCGGCAAAUCCAGACAUCAGGAGGAUUCAAGGAGAGAUUGCGGACGCGUUAGGCUGUAGUGACAUAAAGAACGAAGAGUAUCUCGACGUGCGAGCGAAUCUUCUGCACCUUAGUUUGGAACAUAACAAGCUGAUGAAAAGGAAGGUGCUCAUAAUACUGGACAACCUGUGGGGGAGCCUCGACUUGAACUCAGUCGGCAUUCCUUGCGGACUUGACAAUAAAAUCAUAGGAUGCAAGUUGUUAUUGUCAUCGAGAGAUCAAGAUGUUUUGCGAAGAGAAAUGGGCUGCGACAGGGACUUUCUCCUUCCGGGGCUGCAGGGGGAAGAGGCAAGAAGAUUGUUUGAGAGCAGAGCGGGAGACAAAGUUCAUGAUGACGAUUUCAAACCCUUGGUAGAUGAAGCACUCCACAAAUGUGCAGGCUUGCCUUUCCUAAUUUUGGCGAUGGCGAAACUUUUUAAAGAUACUAGUUUAUAUGAAUGGCAGGAUGCUUUGAAACAAAUUGAGACGUCUACUAACGAAGGAAUCGGAGAGGUGAUAAAUAAGAUGUUGCAAUGGAGUUAUGAUCAUUUAAAAGGCGAAGAGGUGAAGUCAUUGUUACGACUCUGUGUUGUUUGUGAUGUCCCUGAGCCAUCUCCUGAAUACUUGGUGAGGUAUGGCGUGGGUUUGGGGUUAUUUAGAGAAUGUAGUAGCAUGGAAGAAGCUAGACAUAGUUUGAGCUCACUGGUCAAUACUCUUCAAGCAUCCUCCUUUUUGUUAGACAAUGGAGACACCGGUGGUAUCAAGUUACAUGACUUGGUUCGUGAGUUUGUUGCCUCGGUCACUUCAAGAGAUGACCCUCUUAUUGUGUUGAAAGAUAAAGAUCAGUCGGUAACAGAGUUGCCGAAGAACAAGCUCAAAAGUUGUACAGCGAUAUGCUUUCCCUAUGUUGGCAUGAAGGAGCUUCCCCAAGAAUUUGAUUGCCCCGAAAUGCGGAUCUUUUUGUUGUUCAUGCACAAUGAAUCUGUUAAUGUCUCAGAUUCAUUAUUCAACUCUAUGACGAAACUCAUGGUUUUAGAUCUUAGUGGGAUACAUCUCACUUGUUUGCCUUCAUCAUUUCAGUUCUUGAAGAACUUACAAACUCUCUGUCUUGAUGAUUGUUCUUUAGAGGAUGUAGCCAUUCUUAGUGAGCUAAAGGGGCUACAAAUUCUCAGCUUUGCGAACUCCAAAAUUCAACGAUUGCCAAAAGAAAUAGGGCAACUAGUAGAGCUGAGGUUGUUGGACUUGAACCAUUGUUCACAACUUCAGGUAAUUGAACCGGGUGUUCUUGGAAGAUUGAUCAAGUUAGAGGAGUUGUACAUGGAGAGUAGCUUUGAUCAAUGGAAUGCCGUGGAGCAAACUCCACCAAUGAAUGCCAGUCUUAUUGAGUUGAAGAACAUGAAGAAUCUUUGCACUCUGCAUGUAUCCAUUCCCAAUCCAAGUGUGCUCCCAGAGGAUCUAAUCUUCAACAAAAUAACCAAGUACAAUAUCCAAAUAGGUCGUGUGGGGGGCUGGUUAAUACGUGAAGGAUCGAGCUGGUUAAGUCACAAAGGAUUGAGGAGAUUGGAACUCCAGUUGAAUCCAACAAGCGAUAUUCUUCGUAAAGGAUCCAUGCAAACUACCUUAGACAAAACCGACGAUCUACUUUUGGAUAGGUUGAAUGGAAUUGAGCAAAGUAUUUGCGACUUAUACCCAAAAGGUUUUCCAAAAUUAAAGCAUCUUUAUGUCUGGAAUAGUCCCUCCAUCCAUUACAUCCUCCGAAGGCCUUCCCUCACUGCUUUUAAGAUGUUAGAGUCGUUACUUCUCAAGAAUCUCCGCAACUUGGAGAAGAUAUGCCACAACCACAUCUCCUCCAAGUCCUUUAGUACAUUAAAAAUAGUACGAGUCGAAAGUUGUGAUAAGAUGAAAGUUCUGUUUCCUCUUUCAUUAGUGAAGGAACUUCCAUUGCUAGAAGAGAUCAAAGUUAACGCUUGCAACUUAAUGCGGGAGAUUGUAGAAGCUGAUGAUUGUGGCAAAGCCGAGUUUCGUAAUUUGCAUGUAUUGGAAUUGAGUGGCUUGUCAAAUAUCAAGAACUUCUUCACUGCCGGGACAGCUCCUUCAAGUAGUAUAUCAGACGACCAAGUUGGCACUCAAGUUGCAUUCUUCAAUGGGCAACAGAAUCUUUGUGGAAUAGUACAAUUCCAUAAUUUAAAGCAAUUAGAGGUGAAAGAUUGUGACAACCUCCGAUUUAUGUUUUUCCCAUCCAUGGUUAAAUCUCUCGCAAAACUGAGAGAUCUAAUUGUAGUGGGUUGUAAGAAGAUGGAGACGAUCAUUGUGGAGGAAGAAGGGUUAGGAAUGGAAACAUCAGAAACUCUAGCAUUCCCAAUGUUAACCUAUAUUGAAUUACAAAAUUUGGAAAAUUUGACGUGCUUCUCUCACGGAAAGUGUUUACAAGAAGCUUGGAGUCAAGACCAUGUCCAAUCACGCUCCACUGCCCUCUUCAAUCGAGAGGUUGCCUUUCCUAGCUUGGAGACAGUAGAAAUCAGGGGCAUGGAUAACAUUGAGAUGAUAUGGGACAAUCAAGUUGCUCCGAAUUCUUUCCACAAUCUAAACACACCGACAAUAGCUGGAAAUUUGGUGGAACUCACAAAUUUGAGUAUAAGUAAUUGUCAAAUGAUGACAGAGGUCAUUAGUGAUGAGGGAGGUGAGGAGCGGCAUACAGUGGCUUUCAAACAGUUGAAGUAUAUGCAACUCAGUCGGUUGACGGGGUUGAGAGGUUUCAGCUCAGGUGGAUACACUUUGAUGUUCCCUCUCUUGGAACAUGUCAUUGUGACUCAAUGUCUCAACAUGAAGUUCUUCUCUGAGGGACUAAUAGAGGCACCAAAGCUGGGGAGUGUACAAGUACAAUUGGAGAAACGGAAUGGAACAGUAGAGUGCAAGAACGUUUGGAAGGAAAACCUCAACAUCACCAUCCAAAAUAUGUUUGAAGAAAUGGAUACGGUUGCAGUAGUAGAGUUUAUGCGACUGUCUAAGUUCCCUGAGCUAAUUGAAAAAUGGCACAGCGAACUUAUUCCCAUCAAGAAGUCAUCUUGGAGAUUGAAAUCAUUGGUGGUGGAUAAAUGUCCAUCAUUUAUGAACGCAAUUCCAUUCAGAUUGAUGCCUGUUUUAGACAAUAUGAGAAGAUUGCAAGUGUGCGAUUGCGAGUCGCUAGAAGAAAUAUUCAAUCUUGAAGGGUUGGAGGCUUUAAAAAGCACUCAGGUUUUGUUUUGGCUAUGCGAGCUGGCCUUGGUCAAUCUACCAAAUUUGAAUCGAUUGUGGAAUCAAGAUCUUCAAGGAACGAUGUGCUUUAGUUCUUUAACAUAUCUAACCCUGUAUAAUUGCAGUAACUUGAGACAUGCUUUCGCUCCAUCGAUGGUUCGGUGUCUUGACUUUCUAAAGGAGAUGGAAAUAAAAGAGUGUGAUAAGAUGGAAGGAGUGAUCGCGGAGGAAGAAGGGCAAGGAAGCGCAGUGGAGAAGAUUAAUUUCAGGUUUCUUCGUCAAGUGAAGCUGGAAUGUUUGCCCAAUUUGACUAGUUUUCUAUCGGGGAAAAAUCAUACGCUGAAAUGCCCCGUAUUAGACGCGCUGAGCAUUGCCCACUGCCCCAAGAUGAGAAGUCUGACUUGGAAAUCUUCGAUGGAGAUUGACCAUGGCACCCCUUCCCUUUUCACGCCACAGGUACAGUUUCCUCAGCUUCGAUCGAUGAUUCUCUCCCACAUGGACAAUUUAAGCAAUAUAUGGACUAGUGGUCCUCGAGAAACUCUCACUUUUGAAACUUUAAGGGAACUGGAGAUUCAGAAUUGUAACAGCCUUGAAAAUCUAUUUCCGUAUUGGGUGGCUACAAGAGUAGACCAACUUGAGAAACUUCGAAUUCAAUUUUGUGUGAUCAAGGAAAUAGUCGCGAGUGGAGAUGACACUCCACACUCCACAACUGUUCAAGUUCUUUUUCCGAAAUUGACCUCUCUAGUGUUACAUGAUAUGCCACAACUCCAGAGCUUUUGCCCCAACUUGCCUGCUUUGAACUGGCCAUUCUUAACGGAAUUGCGAGUGACUCACUGUGACAAACUGAAUAUGUUGUCCUUUGCGACAUUUGUAAACAAGUGGACUCAGAAAGAUGAUCAACAAGACCUUUUAGACCAGGAGGCACAGUCUUCAUUUGAGAGGGAUUUUCCCAACUUAGAGAGACUUUUAUUAAUCGAAAAGGAUAUUCAGAUGAUACAGCAUGGAAAAUUUCCUGAUGACAUCUUUAGCAAGCUAAAAGCACUAAUAUUGGCAUGCUUUCAUGAUGAAAAUGCCGUCUUUCCUCCUAGAUUCCUCUUAGAGAGAUUUCAGAAUCUACAAAGCCUUGAGGUCUUUUGUAGCUCAUUUGAAGAUAUAUUCCCAGAUGAAGGGUUUGUUGAUGAGGGAAAACAUCCUAUGCUUGAAAAUUUAAGAGAACUUAAGUUAAUUAAGCUACACAAGCUAAAGCAUGUCUGGAGAGAAAACCAUUUGGCAUCAAAAAUUCUUCAGAGUAUCAAAACUUUUGAGGUUAUGGAUUGUCCCAGUUUGACAACAUUAUUUCCAGCCAUGACAUCCUUCCAGAAAUUGACGAACUUAGUGGUGAAGAAUUCCUCAGGAUUGGUACAUCUAGUAACAUUUUCAGCUGUCACAAAUUUAGUACAUCUCAUAAACAUGACUAUAAUGGGAUGUGAAAAAAUGAAAGAAGUAGUGACAAACGAUGGAAACGGAGCAGGAAAAGUGAUUUCUCUUGGGAAGCUAAAAACAUUGAGACUCCAAUAUCUGCCAAGCUUAGUAUGUUUCUCCUCCAUCACAAGUUGCAUCUUCAGAUUUCCAUCCUUGGAGCUUGUUGUAGUGGAAGAGUGCCCGAAAAUGAAGAUCUUUUCUAAGGGUACGCUAAGCACACCAAAACUACAUUGUACGAGACUAUUCAAAUACAUCUGGGAAGUGUGCUUGGAGGGUGAUCUCAAUACAGCCAUACAGAAAUUAUCCGCAUAA